AUGUAUGAUUGCAUAGUACUAUGUUAUAUUUACUGGAGAAGAAAUGAUCAUGCCAUUUUGUUUGAAGAAGGCAAGAACAGGACCCAGGGAAAGCACAAGAAGGCGCUAUUGGAUGGCUCAAGUGAUCUUGAAUUCCCAUUUGUAAGAUUGGAGGAGAUUGCCCUAGCAACACAUAAUUUCUCGGAAACAUGUAUGAUUGGACGGGGAGGCUUUGGCAAAGUUUACAAGGGAACACUAGGCGAUCAGGAAAUUGCUGUCAAACGGCUAAAUAAGGAUUCUCAACAAGGAACAAAUGAAUUCAGAAAUGAAGUAAUACUUAUUGCCAAACUUCAACACAGAAAUUUGGUUCGACUUCUUGGAUGUUGUGACGAGGGAGAUGAAAAGUUGUUGAUUUAUGAGUAUUUGCCUAAUAGAAGCUUAGAUGCCACCCUUUUCGAUGAUUCAAGGAAAUUGCUGCUGGAUUGGGGAACACGUUUAAAUAUAAUCAAAUGUGUCGCCAGGGGGCUUCUUUAUCUCCACCAAGAUUCAAGGCUGACCAUAAUUCACAAAGAUCUCAAAGCUGGAAAUGUUUUGCUAGAUGCACAGAUGAAGCCCAAGAUAGCGGAUUUUGGUAUGGCGAGGAUCUUCGGUGAUAUCCAGGAAAAUGCAAACACCCAACGUGUCGUCGGAACAUACGGCUACAUGGCUCCUGAGUAUGCAAUGCAAGGCGUCAUCUCUACCAAGUCCGACAUCUAUAGUUUUGGCGUGUUGCUAUUGGAGACUGUAACCAGUAUGAAGAGAAGCUCCAGCAGUCCCAUGGGCUCUCCUAGCCUCAUAGCUUACUCAUGGAAUAUGUGGAAGGACGGGAAGGCAGAGGAGUUGGCCGACCCAUCUAUCAUGGACACAUGCUUACCAGAUGAGGUGUUGCUUUGCAUUCAUGUAGCCCUCUUGUGUGUCCAAGAAAACCCAAAAGACAGGCCACACAUGUCAUCAGUUGUGUUGGCGCUAGAGAAUGGGAGCACUGCACUGCCAGCUCCCGACCGGCCUGCAUACUUUGCAGGAUGGAGCACUGAACUGGAGCAGCUCAGAAACAAUAUUCAGAAUUCUGUGAAUAGGUUAACUCUUACUGGUAUAGAGGGUCGAUAA